AGAGGUGUACGGAGGAAGGAACAAUCCUGAAGCACAAACCUUUCCACUCGGACGUUCCUCCUCCUGCUGCUGCUUGUUUAUUGUUGCUAUGAUAGAGGUAUUGUUUGUCAAGGGGAAAGUAGGUGUGGUCUUUGACUGGUUAUGUAAGUACAUUACAACUGUACCUUUGCACAGACUUUGUAAGAGAGAUGUUUUUUCUCUCUGUCAUUUAACCCAGUACAGGAUUGAAUAAAGCCAUUAUAAAGCCAGAGGUGUACGGAAGAAGACAAUCCUGAAGCCCAAACCUUUUCACAUUCCUCUUCCUGCCGCUGCUGCUGUUUUCUCUCUUUCACCAUGUGGCUUUACAGCUUUUUACUGGGGUUCGACCUGAAGGGGAUAUUAUUGUUUUUUUUUCUAGUCCUACUGAUAGCAGAUUUCCUCAGAAACAGGAAUCCUCCAAAUUAUCCCCCAGGACCAGUGGGUCUCCCAUUGGUGGGGAAUUUCUUCAGUUUGGAGCAACCCAUACACAUUUAUUUUAGCAAGUUGGCUGAUGUCUAUGGAAACGUGUUCAGCGUCCGCCUCGGUGGUGAAAAGAUGGUGGUCGUGUCUGGGUGCAGGAUGGUGAAGGAAGCCAUAGUGACACAAGCCGAGAACUUUGUGGCUCGACCAUACAAUGCAAUUGCUGACAGGGUUUACCAUGGGGCUACAGGUGGUCUGUUCAUGAGCAAUGGUGAAAAAUGGAAGAUACAGCGGCGGUUCGCCUUGUCCACCUUACGAAACUUUGGUUUUGGCAAAAGUGUCACAGAGCAGAGCAUCUGUGAAGAGAUCCGAUACCUUCAAGAGGAGAUAGAGAAUGACAAAGGUGAACCCUUCAGCCCAGCAGGCCUUUUCAACAAAGCUGUAUCGAACAUCAUUUGCCAGCUUGUGAUGGGGAAACGGUUUGACUACAGCGACCACAACGUCCAGAUGUUGCUGAAGUGUUUGUCUGAGGCUAUCCAGCUGGAGGGCACAAUAUGGGGUCAACUCUAUGAAUCCUUUCCUAGUGUGAUGAAGCACUUGCCAGGCCCUCAUAACAGAAUAUUCAGCAACUACGAAACCAUCCUGGACUUCAUCGGUCAAGAGGUACAGAGGCACAAGCAGGAACUGGACCCCAACAAUCCCCGGGACUACAUUGACAGUUUCCUCAUCGAAAUGGAGAAUCACAAAGAAUCUGAUCAGGGCUUCAGUGAGACCAACCUGGCUUUGUGUUCUCUGGAUCUGUUUCUGGCUGGAACAGAGACUACCUCAACUACUUUGCAGUGGGCUUUGAUUUACCUCAUCAAAAACCCUGACAUCCAGGAGAAAGUCCAGGCAGAGAUAGACAGCGUGAUCGGACAAAUCCGCCAGCCCACUAUGGCGGACAGACCAAACCUGCCCUACACUGACGCUGUCAUCCAUGAGAUCCAGAGGAUGGGAAACAUUCUUCCUCUGAAUGGAUUAAGAAUGGCUGCCAAAGACACAACUCUCUGCGGUUACUUCAUACCCAAGGGUACUUCCCUGAUGCCCAUGCUGACCUCUGUGCUGUUUGACAAGACUGCAUGGGAGACUCCAGAUACUUUUAACCCAGGACACUUUCUAAAUGCUGAUGGAAAGUUUGUAAAGAGAGAAGCAUUCCUUCCCUUCUCUGCAGGGAAACGUGUGUGUCUCGGAGAAGGGCUGGCCAAGAUGGAACUGUUCCUGUUUUUGGUGGGCUUGUUUCAGAAGUUCUCAUUCUCUGCUCCUGAUGGAGAAGUGUUAAGUACAGAGGGAGCUAUUGGAGCCACAUAUGUACCGCACCCCUUCAAGGUUUGCGCCAAUGUUCGCUGAAUUGUGCAGAAUUACAUUUUCCAUCCAACCAGAUUUAUGUAAGCUGUAACAGCGAUCUCCUUUACAUGCUAUUAUAAAUAAAUAACAAAUCAUUUGAAAACAAUUAAUCAACAAAACAUUCACAAAACAUUUAAUUGUAAAUAAUUGAAAUGUAAAAUAUUUCAAACUGUGCUGGAUUUAAAUAUGUCUUCCUCUGGCACAAUCUGGUGGUAAUAACAAGAAUGAUCAAGUAAUUCUAUGCUGAUGGAUCUGACCCUAGCACACAGACUACACCAGUUUUCAUCAAAAUUAUCACAUUUCCAGGAAUUAAAGCAAGAAAGUCAGGGGCCUAACACUGAUCAAUAGCCUAACAGUCUUCUCUGCUUCACAAUGUGGAUGUGUGGUUUGUUGCUGGGACUUGACAUCGGGAAUGCUGCCUUUCAAAUUUGCUGUUCUCCUCGUAGCGUAUUUUCUGAACAAAAACGAUCCACCUAACUUUCCUCUGGGACCACCGACUCUCCGUCUCUUAGGAAAUGUUGCCAGCAUUGAUCCUAUCUUUCUGACACCAGAAUACCAAAUGCUUUCGAACAACUAUAUGGCUGUGUCUAAAUUCAGGGGCUGCAUCCUUGUAAGGACGCAUUUUAAGGCCGGUUACGUCACAACGGCGCGCGAAAGCCUGUCCCAAUUCGAAGACUCCUCAAACGCAUGCUCAAACGCAGCCUCAAAAUGCGUCCUUGUUUUCCCAGUUCAUGAUAUAUUAUGCAUCAAUAAAUGCUUUCUAUCAAAAUGUCUUUCAUGUUAAUUAUAAGUUUUAAAUUUUUUUCUGUAAGGACACUGUGGUGUACGGAGCCCCUCUGGUUACAUGGUCAAAAACAUUUUUAAAUUGUGGCCAAUAUAUAUAUCGUUGCCACGAAAUAAGUAUAACGUAUACACGAAAUACUAAUUAAUAAUAUUGAUAACAUUCCUGGAAAGCUGGGUAAGCAAAUCUAGCGCACAGGUCUAGAACCUACAAUAGCCUACGUACGGAGCCCCGUACGUAUCAGCUUAAAAAGUGCCUUUUCACUGAUCAUCUCCUUUGAAAGUAGCAUCAUGUGUGUCAGACUCUCAGCUGAGGGAAUACAUAGGCUAUGAACCGCAGCGUUUAAUGAUGCCACCGGACGAAGCCGCGCAGUUACAGUAGCGCUCACUGUAUGUAUCACGUUGCCGAGGGAACCUAUAGCCUAUCAGUGAUCAGUAUCUAGUUUGUAUUGAUUUGCAGGUUGUUGUUGGUCUGACUGAACUACUGAAUGUGUCUGUAGUGUAGUGUAUAUGGCUGUGUCUAAAUUCAGGGGCUGCAUCCUUGUAAGGACGCAUUUUAAGGCCGGUUACGUCACAACGGCGCGCGAAGGCCUGUCCCAAUUCGAAGACUCCUCAAACGCAUGCUCAAACGCAGCCUCAAAAUGCGUCCUUGUUUUCCCUGUUUUUGAGGAUGCACCGCUACUAUCCUUAUAGCCUCAUAUAUCCCAAGAUCCUUUGCGCGCCGCUGUUCAGUCCCAUUGAUAUAUAUAUAGAACAUGUGUUCCAUAUAUAUCUAUGUUCAGUCCCGCGAAAAGAACAAUGGUUGUUAUUGUUAAUAAACGUUUAUGUUUUUAUAUGGUAUUGUUAUAAAAUACAAAUAUUGUUAAUUGUUACACGUUGUCUUUUCCAUUUAGUAUUUACAACUUAAGUACAAUUUAUAACAGGAUUAGCAAACGGCAUAAAGUGCUACUGUUCAGGAACAACAAGGGAUUUAAUAUUUUCUCUAAUAUUUUCUUUUAUUAGCAAAGGAUGAAACUUAACUCUACAAGGGGGCAGUCUUAACAUUUAACUAUUUUCAAAAAAUACAUCAGAAAUAACUAUUUACAGAUUAUUAUUAGAAAAUUAUGUACAAUUAUGAACAAACUAUUAAUAUUUUUAUUAAAUACAACACUACUAAAAUUCCAAAUGAUUUACAAUAAUAAAAAUAAUAAAUUAAUAAAUAAUAACAAAUUAAUAAAACAAAAAAUGAAAAGAAUAAUGUAAUUAGGCUGAGCAGGAGUCCCUAGCAGUGCUGCUGGGCUGGAUGGGAUGCCACAAUAAAUACCCUGGUGUCUUCUAUGGUCCGUGGGACAUCAUCUGGGCUGGUAUUCAGGGUGUUUGGGGGUUUUGUCUCCACUGUCCACUAGGGUUGGGACGAUGCCGCCCCCCCCCCCCCCCCGUGCAAAGCGAAUUAUAUAAAAUUAUCUUAACCAAGGUCUUAAACGCACGAAACGAAUUAUACUAAAAACAAUAAAAUUCAAAAUUAUUUAGAUUAAUAAUUAAUUAAACACUCAAAAAUGUACUUUGUCAUCUCCGCUACCAGUUCUGCUUUUAUAUCACUUAGCUCAGGUGGCUUCAUGUGGUCCCCUCGGUAUCUUGGGUCAAGCAGUGUUGCUUUGCGCAUCAUCCACUGGGUGGCAAUGGUAAAUAUCCGUUUCCUUUUCUUUAAAAAAACAAAAAAACAUGAGUAGUAUUUGAAAUAUUUGUUAUAAUAAUGAAAUUAUAUGAUAGCCUACUAUAAUAACUAAAAAAUAAUAAAAUAUGUAACAUCUCCAACCACCACCACCACCACCUCUUUUUUCUUCUGUUUGUCUUAUUCUUAUGUGUGUUGUUUCUUCUGUGUGUGCCUUUCUCGUCUUAUGGGCGGGAACAGCUGGUGACGCAGCUGGUGACGCAACCAAGAAAUGCUUCGAAGGCUAAACCGUCCCAUUUCACAACGGUUGAUGCAUCCUUGUGAGGUUCCUCAGUAGCACGCGGUCUUCGAAGACCGCGAGGCCGCGUCCUUACAAGGUUGCAGCCCUUGUAUUGAGACACAGCCCGUGUGUUGCUGUUGUGGAGGCUGAUCCAGUCACUUCUGACGAGCUCACGAGUACAACUGUGUCUGAACUGGUUAACUUGGAGAUGUUGAUUUAAUGAUUUCAACUGUUGAUCUACUGAGUGUUACAUAAUAAUACUGACUCGAUCAUUUAUUAAUAUGAAGCCACAGCAGUUCAUGAUAUAUUAUGCAUCAAUACAUGCUUUCUAUCAAAAUGUCUUUCAUGUUAAUUAUAAGUUUUAAAUUUUUUUCUGUAAGGACACUGUGGUGUACGGAGCCCCUCUGGUUACAUGGUCAAAAACAUUUUUAAAUUGUGGCCAAUAUAUAUAUCGUUGCCACGAAAUAAGUAUAACGUAUACACGAAAUACUAAUUAAUAAUAUUGAUAACAUUCCUGGAAAGCUGGGUAAGCAAAUCUAGCGCACAGGUCUAGAACCUACAAUAGCCUACGUACGGAGCCCCGUACGUAUCAGCUUAAAAAGUGCCUUUUCACUGAUCAUCUCCUUUGAAAGUAGCAUCAUGUGUGUCAGACUCUCAGCUGAGGGAAUACAUAGGCUAUGAACCGCAGCGUUUAAUGAUGCCACCGGACGAAGCCGCGCAGUUACAGUAGCGCUCACUGUAUGUAUCACGUUGCCGAGGGAACCUAUAGCCUAUCAGUGAUCAGUAUCUAGUUUGUAUUGAUUUGCAGGUUGUUGUUGGUCUGACUGAACUACUGAAUGUGUCUGUAGUGUUCUCUGGACAUUUGUCCUUCAAUAAAAUCACAGAAGAUAAAAAAAAGUUCCCUACAUGUAUAUUAUUGAUCAGUCUGACGUUUACCUACAGAUGAAAUGUGCUACAAUUCCUUUAAACCAUUAUGUUAACACUUUGAUGAUGUUUUUAUGGUUCCUUGCAAUCCCAGGCUUUUCAGAAUGUCUUUGUAGCUCAUUCCCAGCCUAAAAUAAAACUCUAUCAUACUGUCUCUGUCCAUCGUGUAGCUUUAGCCUCUGUAAUGCCUCUACCUUAGACCUUAGAGAAGGUGCGCUCGAUUUGCUUACCCAGCUGUCCAGGAAUAAUAUUGAUAUCAUUAAUUAGUAUUUCGUGCGCUCGUUAUACCUAUUUCGCGGCCACGAAUUAGUAUUUCGUGCGCACGUUAUAGCUAUAUUGUGGCCACAUUUUUUUUUUUUUGGACCAUGUCACCAGAGGGGCUCCGUAGUGGUGUUUUGCACUCUGACACACAGACAAUCCUGUGAACUUUGCAUCUAUAAAUGACACCUAAAGUCAAGGCUGUAUACAGCUGACUAAUAUAAUAAGUGUUGUGUGUUUUUUAGCCAUCAACUGUUUCUCAUAUUACUUAAUCUGUCUCAACAUCGAUAAUAAAUUCCCUGUAAUAUC